UGAGAUGCCUGAGCCGGCGAAAUCUGCUCCCGCGCCCAAGAAGGGCUCCAAGAAAGCGGUGACCAAGACCCAGAAGAAGGGGGAUAAGAAGCGCCGCAAGACCCGCAAGGAGAGUUACUCCAUUUACGUCUACAAGGUGCUGAAGCAGGUUCACCCCGACACCGGCAUCUCUUCCAAGGCCAUGGGCAUCAUGAACUCCUUCGUCAAUGACAUCUUCGAGCGCAUCGCUGGGGAGGCGUCUCGCCUGGCGCAUUACAACAAGCGCUCCACCAUCACCUCCCGGGAGAUCCAGACCGCCGUGCGCCUGCUGCUGCCCGGGGAGCUGGCCAAACACGCCGUGUCCGAGGGCACCAAGGCCGUGACCAAGUACACCAGCUCCAAGUAAUCUCUCUGGUCCCCAAGAGAUGUCAAUUUAAAAACCCCAAAGGCUCUUUUAAGAGUCACUCACUGUCUCCAUGAGAGAGCUGCAGGCACUACAUGAGUUACUUCUCCUCCUAAGGCAGCUCCCAGCAAAUGGGGCUUUUUGGUUACUUAAUGGCGCAUUUAUUUCUUUAACUCGCUACUUGUUUGGGGGCUGGCUGGGCAGGUGUUGUUCUUAGUUCUUUAAAUUGCCCAUUUAUUUCUAUUCAGUAGCCUGGUGCUUUGCUGUAAGUGGCUUUGUCAGGGAAGCGUGGGGUUUUUUUGCCUUGCUGAUUGGCGGGGGGGGGUGGCUGGCCUUGGUUUGCCCCUGCUGUGAAAAAGUGGGGUUUUAUUAAAAUCUUGUAGACUUGGGGAGCUUCUACUGUUCCAGUCACCGUCAAUGGCUUCUGUAGGAUUUAAUGAUCAGAUAGCUUGUGUUUUUACA